UCUUCAAUUCACCUUUUGCUUUGCUGAAAAAGGCCCAAUGGCGAGAGACGAUGACUACGACUAUUUGUUCAAGGUGGUGCUGAUUGGCGAUUCGGGCGUGGGCAAGUCCAACCUCCUCUCCAGGUUCACUCGGGAUGAGUUCAACCUGGAGUCCAAGUCCACCAUCGGCGUGGAGUUCGCCACCAAGAGCAUCACCACCAACGGCAAGGUGAUCAAGGCACAGAUCUGGGACACGGCCGGCCAGGAGCGGUACAGGGCCAUCACCAGCGCGUACUACAGAGGUGCGGUGGGAGCUUUGCUGGUGUAUGACAUCUCCAAGAGGGUCACCUUUGAGAACCUUGAGCGCUGGCUACAGGACGGCUUCGGGAUCAUGCGGACCCCAACAUCGUCAUCAUGCUGGUGGGAAACAAGGGGGACCUUCGUCAUCUUCGGGCUGUCGGGCAAGAUGAGGCACUGGCCUUUGCAGAGAAGCAUGGCCUCGCCUGCAUUGAGACAUCUGCGCUCGAAGCCACCAAUGUGGAGACUGCCUUCAUGAGGCUCCUCUCAGAGAUUUACACGCUCAUGAGCUCUCGGCAGGUCACCGACGGGGAUUCCUUCCGGGCGAACCAGCCAACGAUUCAGGUGGAAGCUGUCCAAUCCGCGCCGGCGCGCAACGGUUGCUGCUCCUGAGUAUCGAAAUGGCGCACCGUGCAGUUGUGCCAUUGCUAUGCCUCGGCAGCGUGAGCAAGCCAAUGUGUGCGACUGACUAGCUUGUACAUUG